AUGGAUGCUGUCAUGUUCACCAAUUUCUAUGUCAAUAUUUUCCCCAUACUCGCUCACGUCCCAGAUUGGGCUCCAGGAGCAGGGUGGAAGCGCACUAUUCGGAGGUGGAGAGACCAGAAGGCUCGAGCCUCUCUUGCUCCAUUAGAAUGGACAAAAGCUCAGAUCGAAGCCGGGGUCUCCCAACCGUCUUUACUUGGAAUGCUCUUAGAAGAGGAUCUAACGCCAGGAAUAUCAAUCGAGGAGAGGGAUCGCCGGUUGAAGGAAAUAGGACUUGCGCUCUACGCGGGAGGGACAGUCGCUCUCCCCCAUGUCUGCCUCGAGGAUGACAAGUUCAAGGGCUUCGAUAUACUGAAGGGUACAAUCGUCUUUGGGAAUAUCUGGGCAAUGAGCCGUGAUGAAAGUAUCUAUUCCAGCCCAGAAACUUUUGAUCCCGAGAGAUUCUUGGAUUCACAGCUUCCUCAGGUACCAGCCUUUGGGUGGGGGAGACGGCGCUGCCCUGGGGCAUCCUUUGGCGAAAAUUCGGUGUUUAUUGCUAUUGCUUCGUUGCUGGCCACUUUUACGUUCUCCAGUCCGGAUGGAUGUCCCAGAGAAAGCGCAAGUGCCAAGCUUGAAAACACUUCAAAUUCGCUAUUUUUGUGA